CCCUCAUAGAUGUCGCCCCUUGUUAAACGUCAUUCAUAUCUGUCAAAAACGUCAUUCACGUCAUUAUUUAUAUUUUUCUCGUUUAAUAACAUACAUAGAUAAGGUUUUACACAAAAAUGUACUUCAAAAUGUUUACGUCCGAUUUCAUCGGACAAAAUCGUACAAUUUCCGUUAUUUUAAUCGAUUGAUCGUAACAUAACCUACAAAAACCCGAAAGUACCGUUUCUUUUCGAUUUUAAUUAACAUAUGGUGUAUUUAAAAAAAUGUUGUCCGCUUUAAAACGUUUCGCGAGCAAAAAUGAGACUCAAAAUGCACCGGCACCAUCGCAAAAUCGCCCCCCGGGACAUCAAGCAAUGUCUUCUUUAUUACAAAGAAAAUUUGCGAAAGGAGUUCAAUAUAACAUGAAAAUUAUAAUCAAAGGAGAUAGAAAUGUUGGAAAAACGUGUUUGUUUCAUCGCUUGCAAGGUAAAAAGUUUUUCGAAGAAUACAUUCCAACAGAAGAAAUCCAAGUUACAUCAAUCCAAUGGAAUUAUAAAGCCACUGAUGAUGUGGUUAAAGUUGAAGUUUGGGACGUCGUCGAUAGAGGUAAAAAAAAGAAGAGAUUCGAUGGGUUAAAACUGGAAAACGCCCAAUUAGAACUUCCCGAAGAAACGGCGUUAGAUGCCGAAUUUUUGGACGUUUACAAAGGAACUAACGGAGUGAUUAUGCUGAUGGAUUUAACGAAAAGUUGGACCUUCGAAUAUGUACAAAGAGAAAUGGUUAAAGUCCCAUCUCAUAUUCCAGUUAUCAUUAUGGCUAAUCAUUGUGAUAUGGCUCAUCAUAGAACUGUAACAACAGACCAUGUUCUUUAUUAUAUCGAAUCUAUUUCAGGACAACGUUCUGCACAAAUUCGUUACACUGAAUCUUCAAUGCGAAACGGGUUUGGUUUAAAGUUUCUCCAUAAAUUUUUUAAUCUCCCUUUUCUUCAACUUCAAAAAGAAACGUUAUUAAAACAAUUAGAAAGAAACGAAUCUGAAACUUCAGCAACCGUACAAGAAUUAGAUUUAUUCGCCGAAUCGGACGAAGCUGACUACGCCAAAUUCAUAGAAAACUUAACGCGUAAACGACGCGAAAUCGCGGACAAUAAUGCAAACAUUCCAGCCCCGAUGAUGGUCAUCCCACAAUCGGCGUCCGUCCAACAACUAUCUCAACAAGCCGUAACGGACAUGAAAAGAUCUCAAAGUGCAUCAAUUAUAAUUGGGGGAGGAAAACCGAUACCUUACGCCGGAAACACUUUGAAAAAACCAACAGUAUCAAACUCAAACUCAAAAAGUUCAAGUUUAAGCUCUGGAUUUAAAGAUGGUCUUCCAGAAAACGUCGUCCUAAAAAAACUUGAUUCGUCCACGACCAACCCGAUAACUUCACUCGAAGAAUUUUGCCCCGACGGUGAUCAAUUAGAUCGAAGCUUUCUUGAUGAUGUCCAUUCAACACCUCAAACAAACAAUUCAAAUGCAAUCGAUGACUCAGAUAGCGACCAAGAUACCGGAAAUCCACUCGUUUCCGAAUUCCAAGAUGAUUUCGAUCCUGAAGUUGAAAUCGAAGCUCCAAAAGUGAACAUUCAAGGCGCCCCAGAAGAACGUCGACCAUCAGCCAUCGUCGGUGGUAGCAGUGAAAACGAAAAUAAAACCGAAAUUGAAGAAGAUAUGCGUCAAACUAACGACGAAUUAGAUUCAACAAUAAACAGUGAAAUCUCUGAGAUUACAUCAGAAGCUUUUGAUACAUGGAUGGGGGCUGAUACUAAAUGGAGACGAUCACCUGAAGGUGGCGAAGAUACUACAGCCGUUAGUCAAACUUUGGAUUAUAGUGGAAGUACCGUUUAUGAUGAUAGCACAAGUGUAACGUCAUCUAAUGUUCAUAUGGAAUUAUUAAGUUCAAAGCAUAGUAAUCGGAGUUUAACUCCAAAUCGGAGUGGAGAAAGUGAUAACGAAGGUGGAAAAGGAGUUAAAAAAGAAAGAAAAAAAAAGGAUAAAGAAAAAGGUGACCGAAAACACAAACAUAAAAAAUCAAAAGAUAAGGAUAAAGAGGUGGGAAAGAGUGAUCGGAAACAUAAAAGAAGAUCUCGAGAUGAGACUAGUUCGAGAAGGGAUGAACUUGAAGAAUUUUUAAAUGGAUCUGCUAGCCCGUGUAUGGAUUCUGCGUACGAAGCUAUAUAGCGUAUGCCUGUUUUAAUUAAAUGUAGGUAUUUUGAUAUUUAAAAUAAUGAAUCAAACAUAACCUAAUAUCAAUUAUAA